CAACAUUCAAAUGGAAUAUUAAAUGUUAACUAUAACAUUAUCUAAUAUUAUUUUUCAAUGUUUUCUUCACAAAUUAUUAUUAUCAUUAUUCAUUGAAUCUCAAUCAAUCGACAUUCAUUGGAAUUAAAACUGAAAAUGGAGGGGGAUACAAAUAGAACAAAUGAAAACAAAUUUAAACAAUGGUUUAAUCGUACUUUCAAAAUGAGUUUAAAACCAUUUGUUAGAGAUACAAAAAGUUUACCAACUACACCAAAUAUCAUUGAAGAUGAAAAUCAUCAUAUUUUAAAUUACACUAUAGACUCUAAAGCAUUAUCUAUGAAAGCUAUGGCAUUUCGUGAUAAACAUUGUGGUUUAAAUGAAGCACCAGAAUUUAUGGGUGUAUUACAAUCUGAAUAUCAUAUAAUGCCUAUAAGAAAUAAUGAAAUAUCAUCUAAUCAUGGAAUGAUUUUUGUAUUUGAACCAAUUUUAUUAUAUUGUUAUGUUCAAUCAACUGCACAAGAUGUUGUAUUUAUUUGGCAAAAAGAUUCAAUUGAAAUUAAACCCAAUGAUAGAAUUGAUAUUUUUAGUCAAGAUACUGCAACUCAGCUAAGAAUUAAUUGUCCUAAUUUGUCAGAUAAUGGAGACUAUGAUUGCAUCGCAAUGAAUCCUGAAGGUAGAUGUUCUACUCAUACACGCAUUUUUAUUGAAGCACAAGAACAAGAUGGAAAGACAACAAAUCCUACAUUAUCCCGUCCAAAGAUGGAAGACAGUGUAAAUUUACAUAAUGUACAGAAGGAUUCCAAUGAACAUGAUGAUGAUUUCAGUUUAGCUAAUGAUCUAGAAAAUUCAUCUCAACAUAUUUUACAUCAAAGUCCAUUAAGGCGUAUAAGCUUUCGACGAACAGUAUGUUAUUCAAAAUGUCUAACUGAAGGAAAGGAAAAUAACACUUCAAAUAAAAUUAAAGAUCUGUCAUUAAAAUUCAACUCUGUGUCUGAAUGUGAAAAUAUCAUGCUAUUAAAUGAUAAGCAUAUUGGUAGCAGAAGAUAUCAAGAAAAUAAUAAAGGAUGGAAAUAUAAUUCAUUUCGAUAUUUACGCAGUUAUGAUAUGAAUCAAGCUAAUAACUUUGUACAAUUAUCAAACUCUAAUAAAUACAAUCAUAAUAACAACAACAUUGACUGUAAUAUCCCAAAUAUUUUAUCAAUCAAAGAACAAAUAAAUUCCCAUUAUUCUCAUUCUACCAAAUCAAUUAAUAAUCCUUCUCAAAAAAUCAAUUAUUCCAAUUCAUUAUACAAAGAUGAAAAUAUUCCAUUAGAAAAUGUAAUUACUAAAUCAAAUACAUGUAAACGACGUUAUCGAUCUAGCGGUUUAUUAACAAAUGACUAUUUAGAAUUUUCAGAUUAUCUUCAAUACUACUAUGAUGAACAACAACAAGAAAGAAAAAUUAUUAAUCAUAAUAAUGAUAUUCAUAAAUCUAGAAUAAGAACUCGUCAAUCAUAUGCAACGGAUACAUUAUGUUCAGUCAAAAAUAAUGAUGAUCAUUGGAAAUUAUUACCUAAAAUUGUAAUUAACAAAUUAGAUAAAUUGAGUGCCUCUAACCUUCAGCGAACAAAUAGUUCAGGAAUGUCAAAGAGUUCUACUACAUCAAAUAUGAAGUCAGUCAAUGAAUUUCCUUUCAAUUCUAAUCACUUAAAUGUUAAUCAUCUAUCAGCAGCAGGAUCCUCAAUAUCAGAUAUAGUUGUACUCUCUGGUUGGCAAUCACCUAAAUCAAAAUCAUCACAAAUAUCAUUAAACGAUAUUGAUUUCUAUCCAGUAAAUAAUAUUAAAUUAAUUGAAGUGAGAAUGAGGAAUACAUCAAGUAAAGAGAGUCAGAAAAACUCUAUAAGUGAUGUUGUACAAGAAAUUGUUAUGCAAUAUGUUGAAGCAUCACAAAGUUAUCAUUCUUCAUUUGAUCAAGAUCUAAACUAUAAAUGCGUGAACAAACUAAGCAGUAAUAAUUCAGAACAGAUAAAACCAAUGGUUACAGAUAUGAAUUGCCAGUCAAAUCAAAAUCAAAUUAGUACAGAACAAACAAGUCAGGUCCUAGAUAGCAAUAAAGAUAAUGAAACAGUGAUAUGUAAAUCAUCGUCAUCCAAUGAUAGGAAUGAAAAUAUAUCAGACAUACGAAAAAAAAAUAGUGUCAGUAUUUCCGAUUGUGAUGAAUCAGGAAACCUAUCAGUUUAUGAAUGUUCGAGAAUCACUCAUAAUGAAGCUACUAUGAAACAAUCUUCUUUGAGUAUAUCAAUAUGUAAUAAUUUAAGAACUGAUAAAAUAUACUUUUCAAAAAAACCUAGUUCUCGUGAUGAUAAUAAAAUGUUAAAUGAUUCAUUGAUAAAGGGUUCUUCAGAAAGUAUUUCACAAACUUUGGAAAAUUUACCAAUUGAACAACCCCCAACAGAACCGAUAAAAAGACGUCCAAAUAUUAGUUCAAUAUUAAUUGACAAAAAGUUGAAAUCUUCACCAGAAUGUAUUAAAAAAAAUUUAUCAAUAUCUCCAACUGAAAAGACUACCACAAAUGAACUGUUAACAGAACCUUGUAAAAGAAAAACAAAUGAACAAUACCAGUAUCCAGAAAAGGUAAAGCGAUUGACAAGAUCAAGAAAAUAUAUUAAAGAGCAACAUAAGCCUUCAAAUAUAGAAAAUAUGUUCUUAAAUAGUGACGGUACCUAUCUAAAUGAUAAUCUUAAUGAAUCAACAACAACUUUUAACUUUAAUAAAGCUAAUUGUGAUAUGAUAAGUAAAUGUGAAACUACUGCACAGAGCUCAUGCAGCGGUAUUAUUUGUAAUUCACAGACAAUUAAUAAUACAAAUUCUAAUCAUAUAAAAGAUGAUUUACAUUCUAGUCCUCAGGAACAUGUUCAGAUUCAUCAGAAUAAAGUAUAUGAACUAAUGCAAAAAUUUCAAAUUUCUUCAAAAACUCCGUUUUUAUCUCCUAGUAAACAGAUAAUUAAUCGUAUACCACGAUUAAACAAUGAAAAUUUAACUAAACCCGAUGAUUUGAUUGAUAAAACAUUUUAUAGCAGUAUUGGUGUAGAUAAAAUGAUUACAAAUCAAAUUUUAAAUAAUUCAAAUAAAACGAAUAUGCGUUCAAAGACAUCAUCGUCAUCUUCAUCGUCAUCAUCAUCAUCAUCAUCAGCAGCAGCAGUAUCAACCUCACCCAAUCAGUUUCAGAAAACUUCAGGAAUAAAACAUCAUCCUUUGGCAUCCUCAAACUAUAACAAUUUAGAAAUAGAUAAUAACCAAUGUGGAGUUCAGAUGGAACAACCUAUACAUCAAUCUACGAUAUACCAAAGUAGUAGCAAACAUUACGAUGAUAAAACCCACAAUUUUACAAAUAAUCAGACUAUAGGGAUUAUGAAAUCAGUGAACUCAACAUUCACUGACAAACACUUUACACAAAAUAUUACUGACGGAAAUAUGGGUUCAUCAAAACCUCAAUUAAAAAAAUAUUCAGCAUAUACACGUGAGGAACCUAAAGAGACCCAAAGCAAAAUAAUCAAACGUGAAGCUUAUGCUAAUACAAAAAAGAUAAAACCCGAAGAAAAAUCAUCUGGAUUACCAACAGAGACAUCAGAAAACAGAGUUAUACAGCAAAAACCUUUGUCUCAAAACCCACCAUUGAUGGAUGAUACAUUGAAGCCAUCAAAAUUUCCGUUACCGAAACCUGUGGAACCAUCUAACAGACCGAUUUCUCUUUCCAAUAAAAGUAUUUCAGAUCACUCAGACGUGAAAUGUAUUAGUGCGGAAAACUCCCUAACACCAAAAUCAGAUCCAAUUGAAUCCAUUGAUUAUCCUUUAAAAAUCAACACUUUCAAAAAUGUAAAUCCUACUGAUCAUUAUGAAGAGAUUGGAGUGCUUGGUUAUGGUACAUAUGGACAUGUGAUGAAAUGUUUCGAGAAAAAAACAGGAAGUAUAUUUGCUGCUAAAAAGUUUAAAAUUUUACGACUUAAACGAUAUCAAGGUGAAUUAAUGGAAGUUGCUAUAUUACGUAGUGUUGGUAAACAUCCACAAAUCGCUCAUUUACAUGCUGCAUAUGAAUAUAAUUUACAUUGUACAUUAAUUACAGAAUUUGUUCCAGGUGGUGCUCUUUACAACAGAAUUGAAAAAGAAGGUUCUUUAGACGAAGCAAUAACUGUGAGUAUAAUUCGUCAAAUUCUUCUCGGUCUAAAGCACCUACAAGAUUGUUCAGUGAUUCAUCGUGACUUGAAACCAGAGAAUUUAAUGAUGGUACAAGCAAGUGGUUAUCGAUUAAAAAUUAUUGAUUUUGGUCUUGCUGUAUUUUAUCAAAGUAGUCAAUGUACACCUAUCCCCGCUGGUACAUUAACAUAUAUGGCACCUGAAACACAAAAUUGUGAUCCACAAUCAUACACUACAGAUUUAUGGAGUGUGGCUGUAAUUGCAUAUGAAAUUCUUGCAGGUAUCACACCAUUUGAAAUUCCACAAGAUGGUUGUCGUGAUCGAAUUCUUACUAAUCAAGAAAUAUCUCUUAAUAUUACACAUGUAAGAUAUGAUUUUGACGACCCUGGAAUAGUGGAUGUUUCGAACGAGGCGAAAGACUUUAUUAAACAAAUUUUAGUUCGAGAUCCUAAAAAAAGACCAUCAGUACAUCAGUGUUUAAGUCAUCCAUGGAUGGCAAUGCGUGAAGAAGACAGGCCACUUGUUAAAAGAACAGUUUCGUUGUUUCGUCAUAGUACACGAAAAAAACCUAAAGGUUAUCGAAUUAAUACACAAACAACUCAAAAGCGUGAUCCACGUAAUUCAGCUGAUCCUAUAACAAUCCAAUAAAAUAUUAUUCAUCUCAGAUUUACAAAUUACAUAAUUAAG